UUUCGUUUAAAAAAAUGACUAGAAGCUUACAGAAAAAUUGUUAUAUACACAAUACACUAUUUAAUAAGUCUAUGACUCCCAUGCACUUGACUUACGUAACGAGAACGCAUUCAUCAUCACCUCUCAAUUCAUUUUCACGUCUCCUCUUAAUUUUCAACUCUUUAAGCUCACCAUAUAUACAAAACUCUGUUUUUGAUUUUCUCUUUGAUCAAAAUCAAAAAACGCCGAUCACAAGUUCACAACAUGCCGGGAAAUUCUCACCGCCGGGGAUCCGACGUCAUAUUCACCGUGAUGAUGAUCGCCUUGCUGACGUGUCCAACACUCAUCAACGGUUCAUCAUCAUCAGAUGCUUCUUUAGAAGCAAGAAAGCUCGAUGAGGUCGAUCCCAUAAAGUGCUCUCCAAGCUGCAUCCAAAACCCUCCUCCGCCAUCUCCUCCACCACCGUCUCCGCCACCACCUGCAUGUCCUCCACCCCCGGCUCUUCCACCGCCUCCGCCUAAGAAAGUCAGUUCCUACUGCCCACCGCCUCCGCCGGCUAAUUUCUUGUACAUCACGGGUCCGCCGGGAAAUCUCUACCCCGUUGAUGAGCAAUUCGGAGCGGCCGCCGGAAAAAGUUUUAUGGUGGUGAAGCUCUCCGGUCUAAUCGCGUUUGGAAUUAUGGCGUUCCUGAUUCUUUGAAAUUAACAUGAUCGGAGAAAAAAUAUAUUUGAAGAUCUGUUGGUAUGUUUUAGAUACUUUUUAAUUAGUUGUUGAAGAACGUUAUUGAUGGUUGGUUAAUAAUUUUUCUAGCUAGGAUUAUAUAUGUUUCAAUAUAUUUUCCUAUAUCCAAAUUUUCUAAUGGUUUUUAACCAAAUUAAUAAGGUACGAAUACUAAAAUUUCUGUUCAGAGAAAUAUGUAAAUUCUAGAAAUGUAUUCUCUUGAUGUGAUAUGUUCUCUGUUCACAUUUACCAACAAAAAAAAUUGUUCUGUGUUCAACUUGCCAUUGAUGAAUUGAUUCUCAAAAUUGGAAAGUUUUCUUUGUGCGGAAUAAUUUUAUGAAAAAGCAAAUUGUUCUUAAUAAAAGUAAAGAUAGUUUUUUUCAAAAAGGAAAUUGUAAAGUUAGAAAGGCGAGUUUUCGAAAAUAUUUUGUCUUAUUUAGCUUUCCUCUUUAUAUUUUUAAUAAAUUGUUAUUUAUAUGCAUAAGUAGAUUAUGAAAAGUCAGUAUGUUUUAACUAAGUUAAAUUAAUUUUAAAUGGCAUGAGCUGACAAAAAAUAUUGUAGAUGAAGUUAAUAAACUACAGAGAGAUGAUGAAUUGAUAUAGAAACUACUAUAAUAAGUAGUGAAGAGAUGUUUAAUCUGGAUAAAUUAAUCUAAUUCGAU